GUCCCUCAACCGAAUGCUAAUACGCAGAUGUACAGAAUGAAUGCUCCACCUUCAGCUGGACAAAUUAUGAAUAACAACUCGAACAUGGGUGCAACACAAUCGAUGCCACCCCACCAGUUUUACGGUGCACCACCACCCUCGGGUAACUGUGCUCCUAUGAUGCCGCCACCCUAUGGUUACUCUAUGGGAGCACCUGGGCCAGUUCCGGCACCAACCAUCCCGACUGCCUCUGUUAUGGGAUCGGGCGGUCUCCCCACUCCUGGUUUAUAUCCUCCGGGCGGACCCUGUGUUUGCAUUUCGCACUCGCUUGUCCUUGCGGCUCUUUCCGCCUUGAUCGGCUUUUUGAAUCUCGUGAUGUCCAGACUUCACGAUCUUGCUACUGAUUUAAGCCUUGAGGUUGAUAGGUUCGCAUCUCAAAUAGAAGAAGAAAAGCGCAAGAUUUCUGAUAUCAAAGCCCGCUUCAAUACACAAUGGCAGCAGCGCUGUGAAACUGAAAAGCAGUCUUUAGAUCUGCAAAAUGAAUUGGAACGUCUUAAAUCCUGUUUUGUGAAGUGUGGUCCUUCUUCAGAUGCUACCGAUCUCUACCUUAGCAAAGCUCAAGGUGUAGUUAGAGCGGCUGCUCAAAGAAUGAGGGACGAGAGAAUGGCAAUUCUGGGUGAAUACCAGACAAAGUUGGAUAGGUGUGAGAUGUUAUUCCGGCGAAAUACCAUGAUGGAAGAUUUCAUUUCUACCUGGCGCAAGAGUCUCAAAGAAGAGAAGAAUAUUCAGGAACUACCCCAAAUCAUUAGGAAGUUAUCUGAAGAUUUGGCCCAAGUUCACUCCUGUUCAGUUUUCGAGUUGUUGCAGAAGGCUACUAGCGAACCCUUUCAAGGGAAAGGUGAUUCAAAUAUGGACGUCACUAACUUGGAGGAGACUGAAACGAUGCCUCCACCUCAACAACCCGCCCCGCUUGCGUUAAAACCCCUCAACGUUGCUUCUCAAUUACCUGAUGACGCGCUUUGUAAUGCGUCGAACGUUGGUGAAUUCUCAAUGUAUCGAAUGCGUGGAGGUGCAGAGCCCUCAAUCCUCAACACAAAUGAUUUUAGUCGGUUGGGAUUAGAUUCUACUCUGACAGAUAGGAAUUGUGAGUUUAGUAGUAAAUAA